AUGAGCUCAUACCUCGGUGGACUGAAUGAAAGGCCACGCGGUAGAAGCCUCCUCUCUCUUGGUCGCAACGACGACGACGACGCCAGUGACGCCGAGUUGGAAUUUGAGGCCCUUGCCUUGUCCUCCAUUCAACGACAGCCAUACUCUCAACGCGCCAGCACAUUACCGCUCAGCAAGCCACAAACACCGCCCUCAGUCAUGGCCGUGGCGUUGCAAGAGUCAGAUGAAGCCAAGCAUCUCAUCCCGAGAACCCUCAGCCAGCGUUCCAGCGCCGAGCGCAACGUGCGCAGCCAGUCUGCGAUUCUCCGCGAGCAAGCCGGCGCUGAGGACGAAGACGAAGUCUCGAUGAGCAUCGAGCACCUGGACGAGAUUCUUGAGCCGCCGAGAAGACCCGGCCGUCGCAGUCGAAACAGCAGCAGUAGGGACGCCAUCGAGGAAGAGACGCCCAGCGGUCGCAACAAGCGCCAGCGCAUUGACAGAGCAGGUCGCACCCCAGGUGCCGUAAUCCCUCCACGUCUCUCAAGCGCCAGACCCAGCCUCACGGCCGUCUCAUCAUCUCCAAUGUUCGCCAAACCCCCGGUCCGCCGUCGUGAGUCCGGAACUGUGCCGUCUUCUUCACCUCUGGUUUCGAUACCCGUGUCAGCUCCAGCCCCAGUACGAGAGAAGACGAAUGGGACCAACGAUAGUGUUGCCAGCGACUCGACCCGCUCAACUGGUGCUUAUCUGGCGACAAUUGAUCCCGUGUUCGGCCGACAUAUCGCCGCUGCCGCUGCGAGGCUACCCAUAGUCGUCACAGCGAUCGAGUCUCAAAACACUGACCUUGAUCUGAAGAUUGAUGUGCAGACUCGUCACCUCGCGCAGCUGUUUAGUGAUGCCGAAGCUGAGACGGUUGAUGAGCUCCAGGACCGACUUUCCAUUACUUCUGCCGAGCAAGCGGCAGCGCAGACGGAACUUGACGCGCAGGAGCAGAACGUGGCCUCCUUGCGCGGUAUACGAGAUCGCCUAGUCGGAGAGUCCCACGGACUGACGGAUAAGACACGGAAAGAGCUUGCAGGCUCUAUGGAACUGGCGCUCGCACAAGCCACGGAUGAUUGUAAGGCGGCCGACGCCGCGUUGCGCGCCUGCCAAGCGCGGGUUGAAAAGCUCGAUCGCUCGAAGUCUGAGAUUUUGCAAGCACAGGAUAAUUUGGAGGAUGAUCAUGCUCGGCGGACAGAGAGCCAGGCCGUGUAUGAUGCGCUUAGGGUGUGCACUGCUCGGGGCCUUUUUAACAUGGGGGGAGUAGCAUGA